UUCUGUAUAAAAACUCUCAGCAUGAUCAAAACAUUAAUUAGUCUAUUCUCGAGUUUUGUACCGCAUUGUGUCAAUUGCAUCUUCUCAAGUGAAAAAUCAGAAAUCGUUCAAAAAAAGAAAAAAUGUCCCUUAAGUUUGUUCUAUUGAUCUCAGUUGUUGCUGCUGUUGCCGCCAUUGAAAUUCAACAACCCUAUUACUUGAAAAACCAUGAAAUCGAAGAGGGUCCAGCGGAAUACGAAUUCGCCUAUUCGGUCAGUGAUAAGCAUACCGGGGACAUCAAAGCUCAAAAGGAAGUUCGUAAGGGCGACAGAGUCGAGGGCGUGUACGAAUUGAUCGAACCCGAUGGUCAUCGUCGUAUUGUUCAAUACCGAUCUGACAAACACACUGGAUUCGAGGCAGUCGUGCAUCGUGAACCAACUGGCAUAAAGAUUCCCAUUCCCGAGCAGAGACACAAGUUAAUUGCCACUAAAAUUUAUCAACCAUUGGUACAUCACCAAGCAAUUGCUCCUCUGCAUGGCUUGAAUUUGAUUCGCUCAGAUGACCAUAGGUCAAUUGAGUUGGGUAGGUCAGAAGGUAUAGAGGGCAACCAUGUUUCGUAUUCGGGACCCGGAAUAUCAUAUAGCUAUUAGGAAAUGGGAUGGAUCGAAAACGACCGAUUUGUAAUUAUUUUAAUCAUCAUCUUAGCUUUAAGUAAGAAUUCAUAAUG